AUGACCAAAUCAAUUUUUGUUACAGGAGCCACUGGCCUAGUCGGUAAAAACACCGUUGACGAGCUACUUAGGCAAGGAUAUCACGUGACAGGACUUGCCAGAUCCGAUGCUUCGGAAAAGGCCCUUAAAGACAACGGCUGUGAGGUGAUAAGAGGAGAUUUGAAGGACAUCGAGGCGUUGAAGAAAGGUGCUGCGGAAAGUGAUGGUGUCAUUCAUUUGGGAUUUGUCCACAAUUUUGCAGAUUUUGAGACGUGCGCGUUGAUUGAUCGGGCUGCCAUUGAUGCCAUGCUUUCUGCUUUGAAGGGCACCGACAGGCCAUUCAUCAGCAUUGGGGGAACUUUGGGAGUUAGUGAAGGAGACGGUAAACCUAACGAUGAGGAUAGUCCUUAUGUGGAUCUCCCUGGGUUCGGCCUCCGCUUUGAAACCGAGAGACGCGUGUUGGCUUAUGCCUCGAAAGGUGUAAGAACUAUCAGCCUCAGACUUCCACCUACUGUCCAUGGAAAGGGUGAUGUUAACGGCUUUAUACCUAUUCUUAUUGCAGCUGCGGAAAAGGCAGGAUACAGUUUCUACAUUCCAGAAAGUAAGAAUGUCUGGUCUGCAGUGAAUGUCGAAGAUUGCGCUUCAUUGCUCGUGCUUGCUUUGAAGAAAGGCAAAGCGGGAAAAGCCUAUCACGCUGUAGGCGAGCCAGGUGUUCCCUUGAAGGUGAUCGGCGAGGCCAUUGGUAGGAAACACAACUUGCCAACCAAAUCCAUUAGCUACGAAGAAGCAAAGAAGCUAUUGGGAUUCUUCACCGAUAUGACCCUCCUGGGGGAAACGUCGUUGAGUGAAAAGACCCAGAAGGAGUUGGGAUGGAAGCCAACUCAUGCCACUUUGGUGGAGGAUAUUGCUGAGUUUUACUGA